UGUAUUUAAUGAAGGAAAACACCUAGAUCAAUAUAUAUUUACAUAUAUAUAUAUAUAUACAAUCUAUGUUUAGAGAAUGCAUAACCAAAAAAUAAUAAUAAUCUAGCCCAAAAUUCUUACUGAGAAUUGGGAGAAACGUGAUGGAAUAUAAUUUUUUCACCUCAGUUUAUAUCACAUUUUGUAUCACUCUGGGUAUGUUGUUUCUCAUAAAAAGGUUCUUAGGACUUCUUCUUGGGGGUGAUGGUGGUGGUAAGCAGCUCCCUCCAUGCCCGCCUGGAAUUCCGAUGAUCGGAAACUUAGUGGGAAUGCUCAUGAACAGACCAACUACCAAGUGGAUAGUUCGUGUGAUGAACGAUAUGAAGACGGAUAUAGCUUGCUUCCGCUUCGGUCGUGUUCAUGUCAUUGCCAUAACGUCUGAUGAGAUUGCCCGUGAAGUCGUCAAGGAAAAAGACUCGGUGUUUGCAGACAGGCCGGACUCUUACUCCGCCGAAUACAUAAGUUGCGGGUACAAGGGGGUGGUGUUCGAUGAGUACGGCGAGAGACAAAUGAAGAUGAAGAAAGUGAUGACGUCCGAGUUAAUGUCCACAAAGGCUUUAGACUUAUUACGCGACGUUAGAAACUUGGAAUCCGACAACCUCCUCGCAUAUGUUCUUAACCUAUACAAGAAAGGUAGGUUAGUGAACGUAAGGGAUAUCGUAUGCACCCACACUCACAGUGUGAAGAUGAGACUCUUGUUUGGUCGAAAGCAUUUCAAGGAAACGACAAAGGAUGGGAGCCUCGGUCCGAUGGAGAAAGAACAUUUUGACGCCAUUUUCAAGGCUCUUGAUUGUUUCUUUAGCUUUUACAUAGCUGAUUACUACUCUUUAUUUAGAGGAUGGAAUCUUCAAGGAGAGGAGGUUGUGUUAAGAGAAGCCGUUGAUGUUAUCGCUAAGUACAACAAAAUGAUUAUUGAUGAGAAGAUAGACUUGUGGAGAAAAAACUGCGAUGCAAACAAGAACGUGCCCAAGGAUUGGCUAGAUAUCCUCUUCACUCUCAAAGAUGAUAAGGGCAAGCCGCUGCUUACGCCCGAAGAAAUCACACAUCUUUCCAUUGAUCUUGAUGUAGUGGGCAUUGAUAAUGCAGUGAAUGUAAUAGAGUGGACAUUAGCGGAAAUGUUGAACCAAAGAGAGAUUCUUGAACAAGCAGUGGAAGAGAUUGAUAGGGUUGUGGGAAAAGAUAGACUUGUUCAAGAAUCAGAUGUACCAAAGCUAAAUUACGUCAAAGCGUGUAUCAGAGAAACUCUUAGACUUCACCCUACCAACCCUUUCCUCGUCCCUCACAUGGCUCGUCAAGACACAACUCUCGCUGGAUAUUUCGUCCCAAAAGGCAGUCAUAUUCUAGUGAGUCGUCCUGGUAUUGGUCGAAACCCUAAAACAUGGGACGAGCCACUCAUCUACAAGCCUGAGCGUCACCUAACCGGUGAUGAAGUGAUGUUGACUGAGCCAGACAUGCGACUCGUUUCAUUUGGAACCGGUAGGCGUGGCUGCGUUGGGACUAAGCUUGGGACCUAUAUGAUUGUUACAUUACUGGGAAGGCUUCUUCAAGGGUUCGACUGGACGCUUCCUCCAAAGACGGGCAAAGUCGAGCUAGUCGAAUCGAAAGAAAACUUAUUCAUGGCUAAACCUCUCUUGGCUUGUGUCGAGCCUAGAUUAGAUCCCAACAUGUAUCCUAAACGUCGGACCAGACUGGCUUGAUCACAACGGUUAACUAUGACCCAUUAGUUGUUUUUCGAAUUUCGUAUUUAUUUUACAGGGUCAUUUAUGAAAAUUAAUACAAAUAUUUAAUAAAAUAUCAAUGGGAACUUGAUGCAGAGAGAAUAUUUGGAUAAAUUCUAAAUAUUAAAGAGUACGUCUGUCUUCUUCUUCUGGAUUCUAGCGUUUUAUUUGUGCGUCACUUGCUCUUUAACUCCUGAUUUUAAUUACCAGUUACCGAUUACUAUUUGCGGUUGUGGGUUUUAUUUUGUAUUUUUGUAUCUGCUAAAUAUAAUCUCAUGUAUGUUGAAAGACUUUCUAUCAGGUCACCAUAUUCUCAAGAACCACUCAUUACAUCCACUAAGGAGCUGUUCGUUUCGGCAUCUGUCAUCUUCAUCCAAAUAAUCCAUUUGUAUGA